AUGGAUUGGAAGUUCCUCCAGGGUCUUCUCAGCGGAGUCAACAAGUACUCCACCGCCUUCGGCCGCAUCUGGCUGUCGGUGGUCUUCGUCUUCCGGGUGAUGGUCUACGUGGUGGCCGCCGAGCGCGUCUGGAGCGACGACCAGGGCCACUUCGACUGCAACACCCGGCAGCCGGGUUGCACCAACAUCUGCUACGACUACUUCUUCCCCAUCUCCCACAUCCGCCUGUGGGCCCUGCAGCUCAUCUUCGUCACCUGCCCGUCCUUCAUGGUGGUGCUGCACGUGGCCUACCGGGAGGAGCGGGAGCGCAAGUACCGGGCGAAGCACGGCGACGACACCCGGCUGUACGACAACCCGGGCCAGAAGCACGGCGGCCUGUGGUGGACUUACCUGAUGAGCCUCUUCAUCAAGACCACCUUCGAGAUCACGUUCCUCUACCUGCUGCACUACGUCUACGACAGCUUCCGGCUGCCCAGGAAGGUGCAGUGCGACGUCAAGCCCUGCCCCAACCUGGUGGACUGCUACAUAUCGCGGCCCACCGAGAAGACCGUGUUCACCUACUUCAUGGUGGGCGCGUCCGUCCUGUGCGUGGUGCUCAACAUCUGCGAGGUCUUCUAUCUGAUCGCCUUCCGGGUGGCGAACCUCAAACACAGGGGCAGCGCCCAGACCUCGUCCAGGAGGGUCCACCCGAACGCGGACUGCGGCGGCGGAAAGUCCUCUCUGGCGUCAAAAUAG